AUGCGAUGGACGUUAAAAUGGUCGACCAAUCCCUAUUACGCCCUGGUGAUUGCUGUCAUUGCCUGCGGCGGGAUCCCGAAAGGCUAUGACGAAGGUGGCUAUAGCGCCAGUGUCUCCCUCCCCUCCUUCAAGUCCGACUACGACCUCGCUAAACACCCGGGGUUCGAUGAUACCGAGCUAGCAAAUCGAAAAGCGAACAUCUCCUCCUUCAACGUGCUAGGUGCAGCACUUGGUGCGCUGUUAGUCCUUGAUCUCAAUGAUCGACUUGGGCGCUUGGUGGCGUGGCGCUUAGCAUGCGUCGUGUGGGCAACGGGGACAUUGAUCCAGGUAUUCGCAUCCGGUAUAUAUGGACUGCUCUUGUUUAGUCGCAUAUGGGGCGGGUUGGGCGCGGGCGCUCUAACGGUAACUGCACCACUAUAUUUAACCGAAAUAGCCCCUGCUAAGACGAGAGGUCUGGUGGUGGGGUUAUACAUGGUAUUCCUACUGGCCUUUCUGGCUAUGGGAUUCUUUAUCAACUAUGGUGCCAGGGUCCAUAUGGCCACCGCGCGAACUCAAUACCGCCUCGUUCAGGCUGUUCCUUUAAUCCCUGUCGGUAUCGCAUAUGGUCUGUCGUACCUUUGCCCUGAGACUCCUCGGUAUCUUGUCUCGAAACAGCUUCAUCAGAAAGGGCUGGAGGUUCUGGCACGGCUACGGGGUAGGGAUAUCGAUGAUCCCGAAAUCACAAAGGAGUUCGCAACUAUUGAUGCACGAGAGCGAGAGCGACAGACAGACUUAGCAUAUGUCUCCCAUUGGGCUAUCUUCAAGGAGACACAGAUGAAUCCGAAUUACAGACAGCGCUUCUGGCUGCUAAUGACCAUGCAAACUAUUGCUCAGUGGACCGGCGGGAACGGCAUCACAUACUACGUAACGAGCAUAUUCCAGUACGCCGGCCUAGAAGGCGACUCAACGUCCCUUGUCUCCUCCGGCGCAUACGGGAUAGUCAAACUAAUCUUCACAAUGGCUUUCACAUGGGGUCUAAUCGACCUCAUUGGUCGACGCCGCUGCACCCUCGCCGGACUAAGCCUGCAGCUGUGCGCACACAUCUACAUGGGUAUAUACAUGGGCCUGCGCCCAGGCUCGGAAGACAACAAAGCCGCCUCCAACGCAGCCGUCGCCUCGGUCUUCGUCUACGCCGUCGGCUGGUCUAUCGGCCUAUGCACGGUGCCUUACCUGUACGGUACGGAGAUCUUCCCAACGCGCAUCCGCAACGUCAGUUACGCGAUUAGCAUGGCGCUGCACUGGUUCUUCCAGUUUGCCGUUGUACGAGUCACGCCGAAUAUGUUCGUCUCGCUGCACGUCUGGGGUGCUUAUCUCUUCUGGGCACUUAUUUGCUUUUCUGGGCUCAUCAUUCUUGGUGUUUGGAUGCCUGAGACGAAGGGUGUGCCAAUUGAGCGGAUGGGGGAUUUGUUUGACGGGCCAUGGUAUCUACGCUGGCGGGCUAAGCCGAGGGAGUGGGAUCUUGCUUCGCCGACUGAUACGCUGGAGAAUGUUUCAUCGAAGGACGGUUGUGUCGUUAAGUCUGCCGGUUCGGCCUUGUGA